ACUCUGACGGAAGAGGUCAAAGUUUACCAUAAUUCAGACACCGAACAAAUAUUGCAUCAGUUUUAUUCGAAAGGCUGUGGCCUAGAUGGAUAUACGAUAAAAGUGGCAAUGUUUCAUUGUCCACCAACGGCCACCGCAAUACCCAACACAACACGGUUUGAAGGUGUUGAUCAACUGGUGUUGGACACCAUAGGGCAGUACACGAAUUCCACAAUUAAAAUACGCGAGCCAAAUUCUAGACAACAUUUUGGGACUGUAGAGAAAAAAGGUUUCCUACAAACCCUGGAAGAAGUAGCCAAGCGAGAGGUUGACAUAGCUGCGAAUAUGAGGUUCAUUAUGCCCUAUGACGGUUAUAAUACGUCUGCAUUCGAAUUCACGUCUCCCGUUUUAGUCGACCAAAUAGAGUUUUUAGUACCAAAAGCGAAGAAAGUGCCAAUAUGGUUGAGUAUGUACCGAAUCUUUGAUUAUAGAGUUUGGAUUCCGACAUCAUGUCUAAUUGUAAUAUCAAUUAUUCUCUGGCUUUCUAUAUUAAAAUUUCGACAUAACGAACAUCUCUGCGGACAAGUUGGCUGGGUGACGAUCAACAUCUUGUUUCUGAUGACCGGACACCCCAUCUCUCGCCCAAUAAUUCCUUUGUCUGAACGAUUAUUAGUCCUGUGUGGAUUACUCUUCGCAAUAAUCGCGGUGACUGCUUUCACGAGUCAUUUGUUUGAAGCAUAUUCCCAAGUCACCUACUGGCCAGAGAUCAAAAGCUUAAAGGAAUUGAACGAAUCCGGCCUAACCAUAGUCGAAGGUUCUUGGGGAGCCGUAAGAGCUCUGGGAGAGACGGAUAAUCCGAUAUUGAAGGAUUUGUUUAAAAAAAUAGACCGUACCAAGGACGAGACAACUGCUUAUGACUUGAAUCACGGGGUUUUGGAUCACGCAAUUCUUGCCCGCGAAAGUCGAGGAAGAUACGAAUCAACUAAUCUUUUCCUCAACAACAACGGCACCGAGUUAACUUACACUAUUCAAAUGUCUCUGCACGGUACAUUUUCAAUGGCGUACAUCGUUCCCCGCGGUUGGAUUUUUUUGAAGCAAUUUAAUGCUUACAUUGAUAGGCUUUUGGAAGCUGGAUUAAUUCAAAAAUGGUACGAGAACAGCCUAUCAAACUUCACCAGGAAAGUGAAAUACAUAAAAUUAAAAUCGUCCUCAGAUCUCCCACGAGCUUUUGUUUUGUCUGAUUUGAAAUUGUCGUGGUACAUACUAACGACAGGUCUCAUAAUUAGCUGUAUCACAUUCCUUUUAGAACUAGUUUGGCAAUUUCAAUGUCGCAGAAAACUUUUAGAUAGCGUUACUUACCAGCGUGCUUCGAUACAAUGGUUUAAAUUUGCUUACCUACUGCUAGAAUUAUUUUACCCGGUACAGCAUCAUAUAACAGAUCUUAUUACUGCAGUAAUAAUAAAUUCCAUUUUAGAUGUUACUUACUAA